GAGAGAGAGAGUUUCCUGUCUGCGUGAACUGCCUGAACUCAAACCCUGCAGUAAACUCCGCAAGAUGCAGUCGUGUUAAACUGCCUCCCAAUCUUCUACAGAGACAGAGAGCUGCGUUAUCCUGGUCUCGGUAACAAUACCUUGGUGCUUUUAUCUGACAGCUUUUGUGGAGAUGAAUCUUUUCACCCUCACCGUCCUGGUGCUAACACUUCAGCCGCCUCUCACUCCUGAAGGGAGUUCUGAGCCGCUUGCUGGAGCCUUGGCCGGAUCAGAGAUAGACAGCGAUCAGGGACUAAGGGAGGUCCACUCAUCCCUACACAGAGAGAAACGUUGUUCCUGCAGCAACAUGGAAGACACAGAGUGUGUUUACUUCUGCCAUGUAGGCAUUGUAUGGGUCAACACACCAGGACAGGUUGUUCCAUACGGGUUGGGGAAUGCUGCGAAACUUCGGAAGCGGGAACUGACUCGAUGUUUCUGCACCAAGGGCAAGGAUGCAGAGUGCAGGACCUUCUGCCAGUCACCAAGCAGAGUGCCACGCAGACAUGUUGGAGAUGUGGGUGCUGGAAUUUCCCAGAAAGCAGCUGGAAAGAGCAUGAGGAGAGCACGGAGCGCAAAAGGGCAAAGAGUGCCCUUGCAGGAGUGGGAAAGCUAGAGGAGGAAUGAUACGG